AUGAAUAGUUUAACUCGAAUUAAAUCAAAAUAUUUCAACUAUACGUGGGUGAUAAGGGAUUAUGUAGUAAUUUUUGGAAAAGAAGGAAAAAUAAGUUCGCACAUCGUUAAUCCUGGUUUUGACGAUAAAACACGCUUACAAUUACAUUUCACAAAAAACAGUGACGACUCUAGUUAUGUUAAGUUAUCUUUACAACUACAUGACCUGAAGGGAGGUGGAGACGAAGAAUUUUCUUACAAAAUAUCUGUUAUUAAGGAUGAUGAAGUUGUUUACACCCGAAUAGAUUUUGUUCACUACUUAACAGAUGAGAUUUUUAAUAUGCUACGUACAGAUGUCAACAAAUUCACUUCAUCUACGGGUUCUUUAAAAAUUCAUUUUGAGUUAACAUAUGCUACGGGAAGUCCGGAACACUUCUUAAAGGAUGAAUCCGAUGAUACGAAUGAAGUGUUGAUGCCAAAAUUUAACUUUGACUGGAUAUUUCUUGGUAAAGAGUUGAGUGAUGUGAAUCUGCGUGCUAAAUGUGGUAAAGAAAUCCCAGCACAUAGGGUCGUCCUCGCCGGUGCAAGCCCAGUAUUCAAGGCCAUGUUUAGCCAUGACAUGGUGGAAAAUAAAAGCCAAUUAGUUGAUAUGGCGGAUGUCAACUACGAAGCUGCAGUCGAGAUGCUGCGAUACAUGUACACGGGCAGUGUCAAGACUCAAGCAUGUUCCUUGACUGCUGAAAUUUUGGCAGCCGCUGACAAGUAUCAACUCGAAGAAUUAAAAAAUAAGUGCGAAAAAAUAUUGUGUUCCAAUGUAUCUACUGAAAAUGCUAUUGAAAUUCUAAAAGUUGCUGAUAAGUACAAUGUAAGUUGUUUGAAAAAGAAAGUAGUCGAUUUUGUAAGGCAUAAAAUCACCGAGUCUUCGGACUCUGAUAAGGCCGGCACUAUGAUUCUUGGUGUGGCACAAUUUCUUUCGGAGUGA